ACAUUUUACAAAAGGAAGCUGCCCUCUCCACCUGCCAUAGAAUUUUCCUCGCCGGAAGGAAGGCAGCUGUUCCAGGAGGCCCUUCUGGAAGGCUCCAUGGUGGGCUUCUUCAAACUUAUGGAACAAUUUAAUACGCAGGACGAGCCGGCCUUCUGCGGUCUGGCCUCCCUGGCUAUGGUGCUUAACGCGCUGUCCAUUGACCCCCGUCGCACAUGGAAGGGCUCAUGGCGCUGGUUCCAUGAAGCCAUGCUGGACUGCUGCAGGCCGCUGGAUGCCGUGAAGAAGGAGGGCAUUACUCUGUACCAGGCUUCCUGCCUGGCUCGCUGUAACGGCGCCCGCGUGGAGCUGCGACCGUACGGCAGUACGACUUUGGAGCAGUUCCGUGCCGAGGUCCAGUCCGUGUGCCGAAGUGGGGAGGAGCACAUUGUGGUGUCGUACAGCCGCAAGGCCUUCCUCCAGACGGGGGACGGGCACUUCAGCCCCUUAGGCGGCUAUCACCGUGACAGGGACCUGGUGCUGGUGCUGGAUGUGGCCCGAUUCAAAUAUCCGCCGCACUGGGUGCCGCUA